AUGAACAAGUACGAAAUUCUGGGAGUAGUUGGUGAAGGGGCCUAUGGUGUGGUUCUAAAAUGCCGGCACAAAGAGUCUGGUGAAAUGGUUGCUGUAAAGAAGUUCAAAGACAGCGAAGAAAAUGAAGAUGUCAAGAGAACAACCCUUCGAGAGCUCAAGAUGCUCCGCACCCUCAAACAAGAAAAUAUUGUCGAGCUGCGGGAAGCAUUCCGGCGGAAAGGGAAACUCUACCUUGUGUUCGAAUAUGUGGAAAGGAAUAUGCUGGAGUUACUGGAGGAGAUGCCAAACGGAGUUCCACUGGAAAAAGUACGGAGCUAUACGUUCCAACUGUGUAAAGCUAUACAGUGGUGUCAUAGUCAAGACAUAAUACACAGAGACAUCAAACCUGAAAACCUGCUGAUCAGUAAACAAGAUACCCUCAAGUUGUGUGACUUUGGUUUUGCCAGGAGUAUAACAGGAGGUCUAGUUGGGGUCUAUACAGAUUAUGUCGCCACAAGAUGGUACAGGUCCCCAGAACUACUGCUGGGGUCAGCAUACGGUAAAUCUGUGGACGUCUGGUCCAUCGGCUGUAUAAUGGGGGAGCUCUGUGAUGGACAACCUCUGUUUCCUGGUGAAAGUGAGAUUGACCAACUCUACGUCAUUCAGAAGGUCAUGGGUCAAUUACCCUCAGAACAGAUGAACAUGUUUUUUCACAACCCUCGUUUUUCUGGCCUGAAGUUCCCAUCAGUGACUAAACCCCAGACACUACAGAAACGUUACCAGGGAGUUCUCAGCAGUGUCUAUCUAGACUUUAUGGAGAACACACUGCAGCUGGACCCUACUGACCGCUUCCUUAUAGAGGAGUGUAUCAACCAUCAGGUCUUCCAGACGGAACAGCUUCUCAACCGCACACACAACAUUCCGAUCAAGUACGCCCGCACCGGCAGCAGCAAGAAACGCAAGAAGGAAUUCCCUGACAGUAACAUAGACAGUGAAAAUUUAAAGAACCUCCAUAAGAGUCGACCUGAUACAGGGGUGUCAGAGGAAGCCAAGCCAUCCCAGGGUCCUCCACAAGUCCAGAGAGUGAUGGCAGCACAGGAGGAAAAGAUGGAUACCAGUGAGGAUAGCUAUAUACAAAUGCCUGUUACUAGUAAAUACAUCAAACAGGCUAAAAAUCUGUCCAAAAGUAAUGCUGACAAACUGGCCAGUCAGCAGGAGACUAAUAAACAGCCAGUGACACAAUCUGUUCAAAGGGAAGCAACUCGUGUUGAGAAAUAUGACUCUCGCUCACGAACCCCUAAACCUGUGUUAGAGAGAGGAGACACAAAAGGCCAGUCUAUAGAUAGUGGUGGUCAGUUUGACCGCGAGAAAACUCUGGUGCUUGAUAACGGAUAUAAAAUGAGAAUGACUGACAAAUCAGGUGGUAUAGAGGAAGGUAUGGCAAGAGGAGGGAGACAUAAUAGUACCACUAGUGAACGAACAGUGGACACCAACAAUAGGUCAGUGUCGAGAACUAGUCAAGAAAGCCGACAUCACAGCACGUUUGCCGAUUUCCGUAAUGCAAAUGUGUUGGAAAGUGGGUUACAAAGUGCAUCUACAUUAACCACUGCCCAUAGUCAAACUAGCUCAUCUAAUAUAGACAGUGCAUCACCGCGUACAGAAGAUCUCGACUCACCCGGAUUACAUAGCGAAUCCAAGUACCUCAAGCGUAAAGACAAUGCUAAAGUUGUGCCAGAUUUGUCAGGAGAGGCAAAGCCUGUAAAACAAUCAUACUCCAAAGAAAGUUUGUCGGAUUCUCCGACUGCUACGCCUCGUGAAAUGAAGGGAGGCAAUUCUCAGUAUAAAUCAUCCUCUACCUACACUGUCAACUUACAAGCGCCAAAUCAUGCCCAUAGUCAAGAAUCAUCAGAAAAUUCCAAAGGCCAAUUCGGAAGUCCCCAGGUGGAAAGGAAAAAGUUUCUGGAUAAAGCUAUGCAGGAAGAGUUAAAAAGGAUCAAGUCCAGUACUCUCGGCCGCAAGAAGAGCCAGGAUAAGAUCCAUCAGGGAUCCUUUAUACAAACAAUCACUGACAAACUCUCAGAUGCCAAACUCCAAACAGCAGAUUCCAAAUAUAGGGAGAGCAGCUUCGUCAACUAUAAUGGAACGAAUAAGGCUGUCAACAAACGAAACCGCAAUCAAUAUUAUGACGGGAGCGUGACUGCACGAGAACGUUUGGGUAGCUACAGUCCUACCCCAGGAUCCCUGAUGCUUAGUGUUGUUGACCUGAAUUUUCAUCGAGAACCUAGUUCCUUCACCCAUACUCCAGCUGUCCAGACCCGCACCCACAGUAAAUAUAUUUCAAUGCAGACUUACCAGAACAAUGCAGAUGUUAGUCAGUCCCCGGGCUACUCCCACCAGCGAGGAGGCCCCGGGGGUGGGGGUUAUGCUCAGCAGGAUAACUGGAGAGUAGCAGAUAGCAACCAAGAAUGGCAGACACAAGCGACUCGCAAGAAGAAAAAGAAAAAGUUUCUGCAGAUUCUAGCCAAUGAGAAUGCUGGGAGAAUGACCCCAACAACACGUCUCCAUCUAAAUCAGUCAAGGGCAAGUCAUCUAGACUAUGAUGAUGACGUAGAGGAGGGUCAGACAUCGGCACGAGAACCAUUACAGAACUGGGAAUACUCGGCUAAAGACGGUUUAUACAGCAGUCGUCAUCAAUAUGCCAAGGCAGCAGCAUCCCUUCGCAAACAAACACGCACCCCAGUGGAUAAGGGAACAAGACUACAGCCCCUACAGAAACCGCCUCCACACCUGGGUAGCCUAGCCCCAGGGAAUAGUGCAGGUGGAGCCAUGGAUCCCAUGUGGCAUGGCCACCACUCCCAUGGCAAGUCAGACUCUGACACGCGUCUCGUAAACAACACUGGCACAGACCUCCGUACAGGCUGGAUGUCUCGACCUCAGUCUGUCUUGGGGGAUGACUCUUCAGACAUAUAUCACUACACACCACGAGAACCUACAGAGCUCAAAUCUCUAAAGGGAGGCAAGCAGGGUCGGCACCACAUGGAUUUACGAGGAACGCGAGAUUAG